AACAGUAAAAAAAAAAAGGGGGGAAAUGGCGGUAACGAAGACUGAGCAGUUGAAAUAGUGGCCAGCGAGGCAACAUUGCUCGCCUCUCCAAACCUCGUUUAUCGGGCCACAGUCCAUCCGUUUUCGCUUCUCUCGAGAAUUUCUUUUUUUUUCCCCCACUUUUUACUUUGUCCUCUCCGUUGAGGAGAAGAGAGAGAAGGAACUGGAAAUCCCCAUGGUUGAAACUGGAAGGUGUCGAGUUGUUGAUGAGAUAUGAUUAAGCGUUAUCUUGGGUUUGACGGUGUUUUCAUCAAAAACCCAGGGAAUUUAGAACAUUGCCCAGGGAUUUUUUGAGAAGGCAGUUUUUGGUGGGGAGGGUGUGUUUUCAUGGGUUGAACUGUGCGGCUUAAUGAUGGGGAGUUUGAGUGAAGAGGAAGAUCAAUUUUUUUACACCCGUGAAGACAUCACCUCUGUUUCUGAUUUUGGAUCCGAUUGCUCCGAUAGUUCUGAUCCCGAGCAUGCUGCACCAGCUAAUUCUGUGCCGACUAACUUCGGAGUUGAAGUUUGGAUUGAAAACUUCGGCAGCAUUCGUGGACGACGUAAUAAAUUUCUAAAAUGGAUGGGUUUAAGUGGAGAUCAGACUCUCAGGGAAAGCCACGCUAACAUGAGCUGUGAUGAAAUUGAAGUGGAGAUUGAUAGAAUUACGGAGGAUAUUGAAGCGUUUUUAGGAUCAUCAGUUUUUGAUGAUGGUAUUUCAUUAAGUCAGCCUUCCGUGUCUUGUUGGUCAAGUGAUGUCAGGGAGUUGUUAGAUGAGGCGUUUGAUGAUAACUUCGUGUGUAGAAUUAAGAAUUUGGAUGAUGGGACAGAGUUCAUUGUGGAUGAACUUAGUCAAGAUGGUAUGUUCAAGGGAUUGAGGGAAGUAGGUUCUAACAAUUUGCUUACCAUUGAUGAGUUUGAAAGGAAGAUUGGCUUAUUCCCCCUAGUUCAAAAAGCCAUGUGUCGGGAGGUCAAAAAAAUUUCCAAUUUAGGGCUUGAAAGAAAGCGGAGAAGAAAAUGAUGGCUUAAGCGAUUAGAUGCUGUUGCUUGCAUUGCUGAUAGGAAGUUUGAAUCUCCUCAAAUGAUAUUCAACAAUUGUUAUCCAAAUACGGAGGCGGGGUUUCAAAUGGUUCUAGUUAGAUCUUACAAGAAGCGGUCAAAGGAAUUCUCAGCACUUUACAUGAUACAAGAUAUCCAAGCACAUGAGGGGGCCAUCUUAAUGAUGAAAUUUAGCCCUGAUGGUCAGUUCCUAGCAAGUGCGGGUGAAGACAGUGUUGUGCGUGUGUGGCAAGUUGUGGAGUCUGAAAGAUCAGGGAAUUCUGAUAUUCAUGAUGUGAAUCAUUCAUAUGUCUACUUCCAAGUAAAUAGUUUUUCUGAGCUAGUUCCUGUACAUGCGGACCAAGAGAAAAAAGAAAAAUCAACAGGUGUGAAGGAAAAUUCAGACUCGAUCUGUGUCAUUUUCCCUCAGAAAGUUUUCCAAAUCUUUGAUAAACCUAUCCAUGAGUUCCGUGGGCAUUGUGGUGAGGUCCUGGACCUCUCCUGGUCAAAGAAUAAGCAUAUUGCAUCAUCCUCAGUUGAUAAGACAGUUCGCCUGUGUCAAGUCGGAUAUGACAAAUUCCAAAAAGUAUUUUUCCACAAUAAUUAUGUAACAUGCGUUCAGUUUAAUCCAGUGGAUGAUGAUUACUUCAUAAGUGGUUCCAUAGAUGGGAAAGUGCGUAUCUGGGCAAUUCCUGGUUGUCAAGUUGUUGAUUGGAUUGAUGUGACAGAUAUUGUUACAGCGGUGUGUUACCGCCCCGAUGGAAAGGGUGCAGUUAUUGGCUCAAUGAAUGGCAAUUGCCGCUUCUAUGAUGCCUCAGAUAACUGCCUGCAACUUAAUGCUCAAAUAUGUAUACACGGUAAGAAGAAGCAACCAUGCAAUAGAAUAACCGGACUUCAGUUUUCUCCUGGGGACCCAGAUAUAUUAAUGGUCACUUCUUCAGAUUCACAAGUUCAAAUCUUCAAUGGUAUUGACAUGGUAUGCAAGUUUCGAGGUUUGCACAAUGCAAGGCCAGGGAGGCAGAUAUCUGCGGCAUUCACCUCAGAUGGAAUGAGAAUUGUUUCGGCGAGCGAAGAUUCUAAUGUCUAUGUGUGGAACUAUAUCAAACAGGAUGGGCCAGUGCCCCGCGCAAAGGACAAUUGGUCUUGUGAACGUUUUUUCUCCAAUAGUGCAUCAGUCGCGAUUCCUUGGUGUGGGAUAACAUGUAGAAAGUCUAUUUGCCCAAAUAUGUCAGAAACUUCACCAUCACCCAAAGAUUUGUCUAGCAGAUGGAGGUGUAAUGAGAAUACUGGGGAAUUGCAAUCUGAGUUGGGUGAGAUCUCCGAACGCAAAUUGGCAUUCUCCUCAUCUGAAUGUUUUUCACUGGGACAUGGAUUUUUCUCACUGUCUUUGCCCAAGGGUACUGCAACCUGGCCAGUGGAAAAGCUUCUCCUUCCAAACUCCCUGGUUUUGUCUUCUGCAAUUUGCAAAUCUCAGUACAAGUUGCUUAAGACAUCUUGCCAGAGUGCUCUUGGUUCUUCUCAUGCAUGGGGCCUCGUAAUUGUAACAGCUGGAUAUGACGGACGAAUUAGAUCAUUCCAAAAUUAUGGAUUACCGAUCCACAGUUAGCUUUAUUGAGAUGACUUUGAAAUUCUUCUGUUUGAUCUUGACAAAGAAAUAAUUACAUCACUCGUAUCUGAAACUUUUGUCGUCUGGAUUCGGGGCUAAAAAUGAUUGUUGCUAGGUUGAUUUCCCAUUUGGGAAUGAUUGGAUUCAAGUUAUAUCCACAGCGAUAUCAGGAUUUAGUGUUGAGCAGACAUAUACAUGCGGACUGUAUCUGAUGUCAAGGCACUAUUUCUUUUGCAGGCCAAACAAAGUUGACAGGGUCAUGCCUAGGAGUCCCAUUUCAAGCUGUGUAUUGCUCUACAACUGGAGAUGUUUUGGUGGGGUCCUUUGGAGAGACAUCUUUUAGAACACAGGAGGAGAAUAUUAUAUCCAGUGGACAGGAGUUACUCCUGAAAAAUCUAGUGGGGCUGGUUUUUGUCGGUGUGAUUUAUAGGAUGCCUGGCCGUCAUGGUGCGUUAACUGAUUUUGGACGAUUCUGGGGGCUGCUUUGCAUUAGUGGAAGGUGUCAUUGUCAAAUGAUUGGUUGGUCCAUUGCCACAUUCUUAGAGUGAUAUGGUCCAAGUCAAGCAUUACGUCGUGUCGUCAACCUUGGGGAGGGCGUAUUUAGUUUGCAAAUCAUUGGCUGUAGUCUCAACACCAUGCAGUGCAAGGUAAUUCUUAUGUAAUAAGCAAUGAAGAGUCAUUCAUAAAGCUUUGUAUUUAAUUUGUUAUUACCCUUGGAAUCAAUUUGCAAGGAUUGAUUAUA